AUGCCUUCUGCUCUUGAAAUCACCGCCGGCGCUUGGCUGCUCACCUCCAUCGGCCACACGAUCAACGGCCGAGGCUGGCAGUCGCACGCCUCCAUCAAGACUCUUCCCCAAGAGCAAAGGACUUGUGCCCGUAUUGGUUGGUUCCAGGGCAGUGGCUUCUUUUUCGCUGCUGCUCUCCUCAACUACUACUGGUCAAAGAACCCUGCCGUGCUCCAGGACCCUAUCCAAAAGGCCGUUGCUGGUCUCUUCAGCGCCAUUCUCGGUGUCAGCUCCGUCGUUUACGCUACCAACGGCGUCGCUGCCAACUCUGUGGUGACGGCUAUCGCUUCGGCGCUCCAGGCUUACGCUGCGUUCAAGGCCAUCUAG